AUGAAUGAUCAACAAUAUAUCACGGAAACUAUUGCUGAUGCUCGUGAUUAUCAGCAAUCACAAGCCUAUUAUCAGAUGGAAAUUGUGAAACCUGAAUUAGAUCUGAAUUACUUGAAAACAUUACCUGGAAUGUUGAAGUGUAUGUGCAUUACUUUAGAUUUUAUUUGCUUUAUAUGUCUAGUGGUUGGUGGUCCUGUUUAUUAUACCGGUGCCGGAUGGAUUAUCUUUAUUUGUACAUUUGGCAUGCUUGUAUCAUUAAUUCUUCUAAUCCUUUAUUUAUUUCAUGUCGUCGAUCUCUUUCGUCAAAUACCUUGGAUCGUUGCUGAAAUGAUAUUUUAUUUUGCUUGGGCCGUAUUCUUCUUCAUAUGUGGUUGUGUGCUAGCUUCAGUUGCGGCACGAUUUCGUGGUAUAACUGGUUACGGUGUAGCUUCGUUUUUCUCAUUUGGAGCACUAUGUGCUUAUGGUUUCGACAGCUAUUUGAAAUUCUUGGCCUGGAGACACGAUCAAGUCGCCAUGGGUGGAGCUGCACUGAAAUACUCACCUUAUGAUGACACUGCAGCAUCAACGGACCAAGAAAAAAAAGUCGUCAUCAAUGGUUGA